AUGGCGGAUAUCGAUUUCAAGGAGGAGCGCGGUGAUAGGCGCGAGGACCGACGUGACGACAGACGCGAUCGCGGUGGUUAUCGAGGGAACAACAAGCGCCGCCGUGACGAUGACAACGACAACUACUACCGCGGUGAUGACCGCCGUGGGCCCCAGAGACGCCGCCACGACGACGGCCCCCGUCGCCGAUACGAAGAACCCCCAUUCCCAAAAUUGAGGAGACUGCUUCUCAACAUUGCCAGCUCCACCAAGCUACCGCAAGACGAAGCCAUUGAAAUCGCAAAGUACUUUGGAGAGCACUUUGACGACGAGCGUCUCCGCUCAGACUUUUUCGAUGUCCUGGUCCAGCUUAUUGUCGAGCAACCCUUUAAGAUUCCAUUUGUUGCAGCCGUUGCCUACUACGCAAACGAUGUCAAGCCAGAAAUCACAAUCGAGGCCAUGAAGCGCGUUUCAGAUAGGGCACAAGCGGCUCUCAACGCUGGAGAGUGGAAAGAGUUUAAACUACUUCUCAGAUUCUUUGCCUGUCUGCAAUCGCUGUAUGAGGAUGAUGGCAUCUUUACUUUCCUCGGUCAGCUCUUCGACACAGUUGUGGACCUGCAGAGUGCCAACGAGAACGAUGUUGUCGGCAUCGAACUCGUCAAGAUCAUCCUCCUUACCAUCCCUUACGCACUCGUAGCUGGAGGAGAGCGCUUCCAUGAGCAAGCCAGGCAACUGUUGAAGAACACGGGCAUUGUGGCAAGCAACAUGGUUCCUAUCGAAAGCCUUAUCCACUCGUACGUUGGUGAUUUCGAGUCGAAGCCAGUCAGCUACAAUAGUGUCAUUGGUCUCCUCCAGGCACAGCUUUCGGCUGAAGCGGAUUCUGGAUUUGAGCUCAGGUGUAUUCCACGCGUUGACCCCGAGGCACUACGUAUUAUGAACGCCAAGGAAGAAGAUGCUUUGCCUACAGCACCUCAGACGCACACUUUCCCCACAUUCACCAUCCCAUCUCCCGUCAACCCUGGCCCAAGGCCUGUCUUUCCCGAGGCCUACUUUUCCCUCUUCGCCGACCAGGAAGUUGACACCGUACCUAAGACGACUGACAUUGCGUCAUCUCUUGUACGCGAUGCUAUCGUUGACACCAUCAAUCAACUUGACUUCAACCGGGAGAUGGUUGCCAAGUUCCUCGUCGAUGUGGACUGCUACUGGUCUGUCGACAUUUUCGCCAAGCGUGGCUCACCCUUUGAUAAGUUCCGCGAGCUGGUCGGUGACAAGAUCCAGUACAAGUCUGAAGAUAUGAUCAUCGACGCCAUCUUCUCACAACUGUUCAAGCUGCCUAGUGCCGAACACAAACUCGUCUACUACCACUCGCUCAUUACUCAGUGCUGCAAAGUUGCUCCUGCUGCCAUUGCACCGUCACUUGGAAGGGCUAUCCGUACGAUUUAUAAGAAUCUCCCCAUGAUGGAUCUGGAGUUGGGCUAUAGGUUCCUUGAUUGGUUCUCGCACCAUCUCAGCAACUUUGAGUUCCGAUGGAGGUGGACUGAAUGGCUUGACGAUCUCGAGCUUUCGAAUCUGCACCCAAAAAAGGCAUUCAUUCUUGCUACCUUGGACAAGGAAAUCAGACUGUCAUUUGCAAAGCGCAUCCGUUCGACUCUGCCAGACCCCAUGCACGCUUUGAUUCCCGAGCGUCUGGAUGCGGACAAUAGUCCCGAUUUCAAAUACGACAACCCAGCUUUAGAUACCCCAUAUGCUGUUGAAGGUCAGACCUUGCUCAACCAGCUGAGGAAGAAGGCUACAGCAGAGGAAGUGCAAGUCACGAUCGAUAGCAUUCAUGAGAAGGCUCUUGCGCAAGGUAUUGCAGAAGUUCUCGUACCUUCAACUGAUGCUUUUGUCACUGCCAUCUGUCGUCUGGGUGCCAAGUCGCUGUCCCACGUUCUUUCUUGCAUUGAGCGAGGCAAGGACCGCCUCCUGGAAAUCUCUCAAAACGAGACUGCACGCCGUCAGAUUGUAGCCAGUGUGGUGGAGUACUGGAAAGACCAGCCUGGUGUCGCCGUCCGCAUUAUCGAUAUCCUGCUCAACUACACCAUUCUUGCACCGAUGACAGUUGUCCAAUGGGUAUUUGGUAGCCACAUGGGCGCUGGAGAGGCUUUGACUGAGAGCUGGGUUUUCGAGAUGGUGUCCAACACAGUCGCCAAGGUCACCAACCGCAACCGUCAGAUCGCAUCCGCACGUCUUCAAAAGGGUCUUCCUCAGGAGCAGAUUGAGAUGGUUGAAGCUACACUGGCCAAGGACAGAGACAAUGCCCGGGAACUGUUCAAGUACAUUGAGGACUCUACGCGCGGUGUCGCCGAGGGUUCUGCCGACACAAUGCUUGAGAAGUCUUCUAGCGGUGCGUUGACCGAAGAGGAGGUUGAACUCAUCAAGGCCUGGGGCAAGCGCUGGCACACUGUCUUCAUCCGCAAGGCUCAAGUUGAAGAAUCUGUCGUCGGAGAAGAUGCUGUCGAGGCAAGGAUCAAGCUUCUUGCCUCUGAGCCUGACCCGGUUCCUGAGAGCAUGGAGCAGGAUGGUGAAGGUGUCGCGGAUGCCACAAACGACGACGUGAAGAUGUCCGUUCCCUAG